AUAUACAGGUGUACUGUUUCUUCCAGUGUUCCUCUACACUUUGGGUUACUGCUGCAACAGAGACAGGGAAAGAGGAAGAGAUCCAACUACGCUCAAAUAACCUGAGAAGCCACCCCCCACUCCCCAAAGACUGAUGAUGUCACCGGUGCUGGGUGUGUCCUUCCUGGCCCUGGUCCUAUCAGGAGGAGCCUGGGCGUUUGCUCCCAUUGGGGGCGGAGCCUCCACCCACGUCAGCAUCACGGGAACGGCCGUGCUACAGAAGGUCACAGAGGUGUGCCGAGCCAUCGCCGAGACAGAGGGACGAGACUUCAACCCCACGGGUAACUCUGCUGAGGAGCUGGUACAGGCCUGCCUGGGACCCAAAGCAACAGGUGAAGUGUCAGCAGCUAAGUUCAAAUCUGCCCUGAAUGAGAUCUACGUACAGAACGGACAGGUGGACAGAGACUUUGUCAACAGCCCAGCCCAUCACUUCAACUCUGAGGCGUUUGCUCUGGGCCGGCGCCUUAUAACUGAUGGGGUGGCCAGCAUCAAGGCCAACGUACAAAAGGAGAACUUCCUGGCUGCCAGAGAGACACUGGGGAGAGUACUACACACACUACAGGACUUCUACAGCCACAGUAACUGGGUGGACCUGGGAUACACUGAACCCUACGCCAACCUGAUCCCCGAUCUCCCACUGGAAAACCUGGCAGAUGUCAGCACCCCGACCUGCAGUGACUGUGUCAGUGGGGGGUUCUGUUCCAACUCCAUCCUGCCUAACAUCCUUAAUGAGAAGAAACUCACCUCUGGGUACAUGGGGAUCUUCUCCACAGCUAAGCCUAAAGGUAAGUGUAGUCAUGGCGGUGCAGCUGACCUGACCAGCUCUGAGGUUCCUCGCGGGGGCAUCAGCAAGGAUGAGCGUCGCUCUGACAACGUGGCCCUGCACACUGCUGCUGUCACCGUGGCAACGACCGCAACCCUCCAGCUGCUAGACGACAUCCGGGGAGCCGCCGGUGACAACAACUACCUACGCUUCAUGGGCAUAGCGCGAUCAGCAGUGGUUGCUUUUGUGAUCGACACCACGGGGAGCAUGAAGGAUGACAUCCUUGAAGCCAAGAGAGUCGUCAAUGAGAUCAUCGACAGCAAAAAGGGAACGCAGGACGAGCCCUCCCAGUACAUCCUGGUCCCAUUCAACGACCCAAAGUUCGGACCCCUGAUAAGAACGACAAACCCUGAUGUUAUGAAAACAGAGAUCGCUAAACUCAAAGCUGAUGGGGGCGGAGACCUCCCUGAGAUGUGCUUAUCAGGUCUACAGUUGGCGCUGACCGGUGCCCCUGCGUCGUCCCACAUCUAUGUUUUCACAGAUGCCGUUGCCAAGGACAUUGCGUUAAGGGACACCAUCUUGGCCCUGAUCAGGAGCACCAAGUCAGCUGUGUCUUUCUUCAUGACUGGUGAUGGUGCUGGUGCUAGAAGGAGGAGAAGUGGAGUAGAGUCCAGGGCAGCUACAUUCGAGACCUACAAGGACCUGGCGCUGGCGUCUGGUGGUCAGGCCAUUGGAGUCACCAAGGAAAAUCUGCCCCAGGCCACUGACGUCAUCAUCGACUCCUCCACCUCCGCUCUGGUGACAGUCCUACAGCGAGCGAGGAACCCAGGCAAAGCUGAGACAUUCUCCUUCCUGCUGGACGAGUCUCUGAACAACAUCACCAUCUACAUCACUGGAAAGUCCCUCACCUUCACCCUGAAGAACCCUGCAGGUGUGACCCAGAAACAGAACGAGGCCAACGGGGAACUGGGGACUGUCCAGACGGUGGGAAACCUCUUCCGGGUCCGUCUGGCCUCCAACAAACAGACAGGAUUAUGGGAAAUCAGCAUGAACUCCAACCAGCCCUACACACUGAAGGUCACUGGUCAGAGUACCAUUGCCUUCAUUUAUGACUUUGUGGAGACUUUCGAGGGACCUCACCCAGGAUACGCCCUCAUCUCUGGCCGUCCAAAAGCAGGUAUGCCUGCCAUGCUGUUGGUAUCAGUGUUGGGCAGAAAGGGCCCAGCCUCUGUCAAGGUGGCCAACGUUGCCUUGGUGACCGUGUCAGGGUUAGAGGUUGUAGGCGGUACCCUGGAAGACAUGGGCAAUGGAGACUUCCUAGUUACGGUAACCAAGGUCCCUGUGGGGGAGUUUGUGGUGCUGUUGAACGGGACAGACGUGGUCUCCUCCACCGUGUUCCAGAGACAGUCCACCACUCAGAUGUCCGUCUCCAAGGUUACCAUCAAGGCCGUGGUGGACAGAAGCAUGGAGCCUGGUAAACCCUUCACCCUUCCCUUCACCGUCAUGACCGACGCCACUGGAGGCAGCUACAAAAUCAGUGCCAGAAACGACAGAGACUUCAAAAUGAACGUCCCCAGCAGCAUCGCUGUGACCACCGGUGGAAACGCCACCGGUGACCUGACCAUCACGGUGCCCGCCAACACACCCUCAGGAACAGACGUCACCCUGACCAUCGAGGCUGUGGCCCCCGGGGCGUCCGACUCCAACUACGCCGUCCUGCGCCUCUCUGUCGUCACCAAGGUGACAGAUUUCACCCCUCCCCAGUGUGAGGUAGUCAGUGUCUCAUCGGUCGACUGCCCAGCUGACCCAGCAUUCUGCAGCUCCGCCUUCUGGCAGCUCUCUGCCAACAUGACCGACGGCGUCAAUGGCACAGGCAUCGCCAGCCUCACACACCGCCAGGGAGUGGGCAGCCUCACCCACACGGACCUGAAGCAGGCGGUUGUUGCUGCAGCGUUCAACGCUUCGUGCUGUUCUCUGACAGUAGAGCUGGUGGCGUUGGACAAAGCCAUGAAUGUCGGCACCUGUCUAUACACCACCAAGGUGACAGAUGUCACCCCUCCUCAGUGUGAGGUGGUCAGCGUCUCGGUGGUCGACUGCCCAGCUGACCCAGCAGCCUGCAGCUCCGCCUUCUGGCAGCUCUCUGCCAACCUGACAGACGGCGUCAAUGGCACAGGCAUCGCCAGCCUCACACACCUCCAGGGCGUAGGCAGCCUCACCCACACGGACCUGAAGCAGACGGUCGUUGCAGCAGCGUUCAACGCUUCGUGUUGCUCUCUGACAGUGGAGCUGGAGGCGGUGGACAGAGCCAUGAAUGUCGGCACCUGUCGGUUUUCCAUCGUCCGCAACGCGGGACCGCCUUCCAUCGCUCUGUCCCUCCCACUGUUGGUGUGUCUGCUGGUCUCUGCCUUCUUCACUACGUCCCUCAGAGACCUACUUAUUUGAUCUAAUGCUGCAUUCAUAACCAAGUGGGAAUCUGUCAUUUAAACUUUGUGAAGUGCACAUGCUUGGGAAACACUGAUUUGGCUAAUGGACAACCAGCUGCGACAACCAUAAACACAAAGUACAGCCAUCAUGCUUGCCAACUAAUUAUAGUUUUCAAAAGCCAUAUUAGAUUAGAUAGAUAAAUAGAUUGCUUUUAAUAAGGUUUCGUUGCAUUUAACUGCUGAAAAUGCUGUUAUCGAGUUAAUUUCCUUAGCAGGUGACAUCAGAGGUCAGCAUUUGGGAGAAGUUGUAGCUCAUGGGUGAUAGACUAGUAAUUACCAGUUGGAGGGGCGUUCAAGUGGAUUUUCCUCUGUCUUAUGUGGUAAAUGCCACCUUCCCACUUGGUUAUGGUAAUAUCGUAAGGCUCAUGUGUUGACUGUCUUCCCGAAACUGCCUCUUAAUGCUAACGGUUACGUUCCAGGUCGACCAUAUUGCAGACAUUGCAUUGCAUCAACAACUGCUUUGCGUGAUACAUCAUUGUCGCCGAAAUGAUGCAUCAGAUACGAUGUGUGAAGCUGAUAUGUUGAACACCUAUCCACGUGUGAACUCUGGCAGGCGUCUGCAAAGUAGUCAGCCUGAAACAUGGCCAAAGCCACAAUGAAAAUGAAUGUCUCUUUUGUAAAAAAAACUGCCAACAGUCUCUCUCUCUCUCUAGGCACUUUCUCAACGUGUUAUUUGCACUGUAAGAUGUUUUCAUUUUUGUAGCAUAAUGUAAGUCUUUAGUUUACAUCUGUCAUGAAUAAAACAUCUCUGCUUUC